CUCGACCCCAAUCUCCCCUCCCUUUUCCAACCUUCGAAUCAAUAUCGACACAAUGGGUGGCGGCGGCGAAAAGAUGCCCGGCCAGUACAUGGGCUGGUGGGGAAGCCUUGGCUCCCCUCCGCAGAAGGGCGUCACCUCCUACGCGCUGUCCAACAACCGCCAGCGCGCUAUGGGUGGUGCCUUCCACAAUGCCAUCUUCAACACCUGGCGCCGCACUCGCCAGCAGGUCCUCUACUGGGCCGUUCCCAUGGUCAUCGGCUACUCGACCAUGGCGUGGGCAAUUGAGAGGAACGAGUACCUGAACUCCAAGGAGGGUCGCGCUGAGUUCGCCGAUGAGGAGGAAUAGAUUUUGGCUCAGAGAAGGGCUGUAAGAAGCGGUGAUGGUUUCAGAGCAUAGCGGAUGCCGAGUGUACAUUACGGGAGCCGGCAAUAGAUUUCUGCGUCUCAAUCUGUUCGAACUUCCUAUCCGAAA